AAGGCGUUACCCAGCUGUGUCUUCACAUGUUCACAUCAAAUUGAAAACAAGAAGUCCCUGGCAAGAUGGUUGUUAGAAAAGGCACGGCUAGUGUCAUUUUGUGUUAACAUUAAAAACCAGUUUGAGCCCCACUCCCAGAGGAAACGCUAGGACAAUUCAGGCAUUCAGGGCCUGUCAGUUGAGAGAGCUGAAUCCCCGGUGUUUCCUGAACACACCCACCUGACAUAACAAGGGAGGUUCGCCUGGACGCUGAUUUGAAGCUAAAGCUAGCUAAAGUUCUCCUGUUUGGGCCUGACCUGCUGCAACAGAGGACCCAAACCUGACUAAGUUUGAUGGUCUCUGUGGAGAGCAGCGGUGCAGCUCGGGCCCCUGAGAGACGGUGAUCGUUUUCUUAACAUCACACAGCUCCAGUGGAUACUGUCUGGUGAGGAAUGGCGGAGGGAGGCUUUGACCCUUGUGAGUGCAUCUGCACCCAGGAGUACGCGAUGAGGCGCCUCAUCAACCUGCUGAGGCAAUCUCAGUCCUACUGCACAGACAUAGAGUGCCCUCAGGAACUGCCAGGUCCCAGUGGGUCAGUGGGUGGGGGAGGUGACCUGACCCUCCCCAUGGUUCUGAUGGGAUGGGCGGUGUUAGCCCUGGUCCUCUUUUUGCUGCGCCCAUCCACUCUCAGGGGUACCCAUCAUUCUGGCAAGCCCAGUGGACCCCACAAUAGUGAUGGAAGAGAGCCCCCAGCACCACCUAUUGACUAGCAGUGGAGCCAAACAACCAGCAAAUGUACACCUCCUCUGACUAGAGUUGCACAGUAGCUGCAACCAGGAUAGCACCAUCUGUCUUUCUGUCAACCUUCCCUCACAUAUCUUUUUCUGUUUUUCUUCUUAUGAUCUUGUCACAGACUUGUCUCUGAUUUCUUAUUACUAGAGUCCAACUGAUCAACAAGGCCAGCACAACUAUGAUAUUUAAAGGGGACCUAUUAUGCUCAUAUCCAGCUCCAAAACUUAUUUUACUCAAUUACAAUUGCAUGUUUUGCAGUUGCAGAAAUGAUCCUUUUAUUAUACUUGUCCUGGUGCAGCUCCUUAGCUCAAGAGGUGUUAGCCCCUCAUUCUUUAAGUGAACUUCAUUCUUAUUCGCUGCCCCUUGCAGGGUUUGAAAUGAAGGUGGGUGGAGCUUCUAUGCUUACAGUCAGAGCUGCAAGCCUGACUCAAUUAAGGAUUACUGCUCUCACUGACAUCACAAAGGACGCAGAGUAGGAAAAAACUGAGCAACUUUGACUGUAUUUAGUAUGAGCAUCCACCCAUGUAAAAGCAUAUAUGGUACACAGAUGGGGAAAAUGGUGAAAAGCAAAAUAUGUCCUCUUAAAAACAGUUCUCAACAGUACUCAAACUCACUAUAAACUAAAAAAACAAGGUAUCGGCUGAAAAGGGAGAAUUUACAGUCAAACACAAGAUUUUAUCCAGAAGAAUGUGUUAAUAGCUGAACAUAAUCACAUAUAAAAAAUAUAUAUAUAAAACUUGGGAAAACCAUGUGUCGUACUAUCUGCAGUACACACUCAACUACCAAACAACUGUGGCUUAAAAUAUAUAUCGUUAGACUUGCUUAAAUCAGGAGUUUUGGCAUUAUUUGGAGUUUGUCCCUGAUCCCAGCCAUGAUGGCGGUGGAUCUGCAGAAACUCAGAUGUAAAUCUAUGAUGAAGGAUUGUGUAACGUGAUCAAGGAAGAAGGGAGGGGGCAGUAGUAAAGAGUUCGUGUUGGGUCGUUAAAUUGUUUUUCUGGUGCUUGUAAUAACAAAGGGUGGCAGGUCCUUCAGUCUCCCUCAAACAUUCCACACUUUUCACUUUAUGAAGAUAAAACUCUAUACGGUACCAGUAACCAGGAGAUGUCGCAUCAUGUUUUAGUUUGUAUUUAACCCUGCAGAAUUUAUUUGAUAAGGUUAUAGUCUCAUUACAGUAACACAACAUAGGAUUUUAAUGCAGUGAGUAAGUCUUCUGUGUUUACAUUCAGGCCUUGGUGAGAUACUCGUCUGACUCAAGCAGGUAGUCAGCUCUGCUAUAUUGACUGCAAGGCUGUCCCUUUAAAUAAGGUGGUGCAGCAGAACGUUUGAAACGAGAUUGAAGUUGAUCUGUAAAAUGUGAGCAAAAUAUUUGAUGCACACACCAGAGAAAACAAUUAUUCACCUCCAGUAAUAAAGAGAAGCUUAGCCUCAUUUGACAAAAUAAAACGAUCUGCAGUUAUAUCAUCAUCAUGUUAGGAUGAUUGUGUGUAUCAUUGUGCUUUAAAAGAAAACUGUACUAGUAGCCAAAAUAAUACAUUAUUAGCACUUUUUUGAUUCCUUUUGAAGUUCUCGUGUACAGAUUGGGUUCUUCUUUUAGAAAACUUAAUCAAAAGUUUCUGCUUCACAACUUCUGUACCAAGGUUUGUCAGUGGAAAUUAAUGAAACGUGCCAAUGUGAGUUUUUAGUUUCAUAUUAUUUGUGUUGAAACGGCAAUACUGAGAGGCCCUUUUGUUAUUUUCACUUUAUUUGGGAAUGAUUUUUUAUUUUCCACAUUUUAAUUGGGAACAUUACCGAUACUGGAGCCUUACCAUAAAUAAAUAUAUAUCUCCCUCUCAUUGUACUUACCCACACAAAACGACAAAACCAUUGAACCCAAAUAUUUUCAGACCCAUCAGCUGAGUGAGUCUGUCUGUAUUUUGUGAACAUCUGUAUAGUGUGUGGUUAUUAAAGUGUAUAUGAGCCUUGGGCUAUAUCCCAGGGUGUCUGUGAUAACAGAAAUUACAUGCAUUAAUCUUAAAAUGAAAGAGUAUUUGUUCAAUGCAUGGAGGGAGUUUAAACACUCGUCUUCAUCUGGCUGCUCUUCAUUAUCAGCGAAAGUCCUCUGAAUUAUGUUGUACUAUGGCUUUCUAGGGUUUUUCUGUGAGGUCACAGGUAAGAGUUAAAAGAUUGAAAAUGCUGGGUCAAUUAAAUGGAAUCAAUGGGGAAGCCAUGAGAUUAUUGACAUGAUUGGUGGUAUCACAGGAGACCUCGAUUUACACUGUUACUGUUUAAGAGUAAAAGGGCUUCAACUAUGCACUUUUCCUACAACAAAACAAAAAAUAAAAAGACUUAAGUCUGA